CGCUUUUUCCCAAACAAACAAAACGCCUUAAAACCCCCUCUCAGCCCCCUCGAGGCCCCAACUCCAGUCAAAUAGUGGUUUUGUGUAACCAUAUGAUCAUUUCGGUUUAAUUUGGCUUUUUAUUUAUUGUGUCGGUGCGGUUAAAACGUCGAGUAUCGUGUAAGAGAUGUGCAGAACAGUCGUCCCAACUGGCAUCAGCACCCAAAUUAUAUAAAUACGUACCCACUUCGAAUAAUGAACGGAUUUAGUACGGGCGAGGAAGAUUCAAGAGGACCCACUGAUCAAAUCUGCUGUUUGAUAGACAAUAGUGAACGUUGUAACAAAAUCGCCGGUAAUGCUUCAUACAGCAAGCGCAUCCAGAAGACAGUGACGCAAAGGAGGUUAAAUUUGUGUAUUGAUAAUUCAGCGAAGCAUAUUUACAUCUGCGACUUUCACAAGAUGAUCAUCCAGUGUGCAAGGACCAAGAGGAGGAGGAAGGAUUCGGAGGAUGACAGCAAUGAGACGGACACUGACGUGCCAGAAGUCGACCUGUUUCAGCUAGGAGUCAACACUUUGAGGAGGUACAAAAGGCACUACAAAGUUUCCGCAAGACCUGGACUGAACAAGGCACAACUGGCAGAUACUCUAAUGAAACACUUUAAGUCGAUCCAAGUCAAGGAGAAGGAAGUUGUCACAUUUUUUAUUUAUACAGUCAAAACAAACAGCAAUAAGCUUGACCAAAAGAACGGUGUGAACAAUGACGCCACUUGAAGUUAGGUCCUUAGAAGUUUUAUUAAAUUAUUACACUUUAAGAAAAAAAUGCAUUUAAUAAAAAACCACAAGUUA